AUGUUCACUGUCACUAUGGCCACAAAUUCCGCGUCCAUGACGCCGGAGAGACCGCCUCAGCAUAAAGCGCAGAGCGACAAAGUCAAGAAUAUCUCCUCAAGAGAAGAUUACUCUCAGAAGCAAAGAAGGGAACGGGCGCAAGCGAUACUCGAUAACUAUCAGCUCCUCAUGGACUAUGCGGUCGCGAACGGGAAAGUAGCGCUUCUCUCCCCGUCACGGUCGAAUGAC